UUAGUCUUCACAUCUUAUAUAUCAUCUUUUUGUUAUUGACAAAUAUAUGGGGGUCCUGUGGUGCUAGCGGACCAUUGCAACAAACAAAAUGGCGGCCAAUUCGAUUUGCUGGAAGCUGCCUUCGAAAUUUUCUUUCUUUUCCUCUAAACACAACAGAAAAAUCGAAGUGCAGCCGUACAUAGUGGAAUUCAGAAGACUUCUAACAUGUAGCACUGUUGGAUUUCAAGAGGUUUCCAACGUGGAUUUACUGCACAGCGUUGUCGGAUUGUAUGACGUUUGUCUCCCAGAUAUAACGCCUGAAGUAUUGUACCCGACUGUGUGCGCAAAAUGGGCAAAAACAUUGAUUUUGGUCCGGAGUUACAGUGAUAUAAUUAACGAGAUGAAGGAAAAAUAUGGACAGAAAGAAAAUUCAGCAGUUGAAAGUGGUGGCCAAACAACUGAACCAGUAGCUUCAAGUUUUCUAAGUGAAAAAGAAGAGAACUCUUUUCUAACUGAAAAACAUGUCAGAUGGGAAGAUCAGGAUUUAGAAAGUGAAAAAUUGGAUGAAAAUGAUAAGAUACACAAUGUUGAGGAGAAAAGUAAACAAUCAGAUAGUAGUGAUAACAGUUCUGAAAACAGCUCUGCGGAUGAAGAGGAGGAUCUCACACCAAAGGAGAAAGACAUUGUUGCUCAAAUUACAGAACAAAAAGACACAAAGGAACCAGAUAAGCUGAUUUCUGGUGCAGUGGAUAGUGGAGCCUCAGAUAGUGGGGUGAGCUUGUGCAGACCUAAAAAGAAGGAGGAGGAGGAUGUAGAGCCUGGCAAAUUUGAUGGAAUAUUCAGUGACUCUGAGGGUGAAGCUGUAGAGUCUGAGGAAGAAGACGAUGACGAAGAAGAUUAUUCUACUGGAGUGGAUGAUUUUAUUGCUGCAGCACUUGAACGGAAGGGACAAGUUCACCAAGGCAUAGUCAACAGAGACACAGUGGGGAUAGAGUCUGUUCUCAUUGGGGCUGCUACUUAUGAGAGAUGCUACAGUAAUCCAAGAGAAAAGGUUGUCCAAUUGAGUCUCCUCUCCAUGAGAAAAAGAUACAGAAAAUGUGGCCUGGGCAAGCGACUCAUAGAAACCAUUAAAGACCCCACAAUCAUGGGCUCAUAUGACAGUAUUGCGGUGUAUGCUGACAAUGAUGCUGUGGAAUUCUUCAAAAAGAAUGGCUUCUCAGAUGAUGUUGUGCUCAAUAGUAGAUUCACAGAACUGGCAGACCACUGGAUAAACAGCACAUUAAUGUGCUACUUGCCACCCUUCACAGGUUCAGAUAUCUCUGGUGUCUUCCGAAGUGACUUUGAAAUCAAAGCCAUGGACCAGGAAAUGGAAAAGUGGCGGGAGAAAAGCCUGGAAGCCUACCAGGCCCAGAUGAGUUGUAUGGUCCGUAUGAAACAUGAGAUAAAGACCCUGAAAGCCAUGGUUGACACUCAAGACAAUGUCAUCAAGAUAUUGACAAGUGCAAAAGAGAGGCUUCUCAAGGAGAAGUAUAAGCUUGAAAAGCAAUUACUGGAUUUUAAAGCGAAAGAUAUUGACAGUGGAUGGUCAUUUGGCGACGAUAGUGAAGAUGAAGACAACUUCUAUGAGUCACUUGCAAGCAUCCUGAGCAAGCAUCAUGAUGGAGAGACUGAACACCAACUGGACUACCAGGCCAUCUCAAAGGGGCAUUUCUCUGAGGUGUCUAAAGAGGAUGAGCAGUUGCUGAGCUCACUAGUACACUCACAGCAGGAGAAGCAUGUGAUGCAGCAUGUAAGACGCAGCCUGAUGUCCACCCACCUUUACUCUGACGUCACAGUGCUCAACAUAACACAGGUUAAAUCCAGCCAUGUGACCUUACUUGCCACGACCUUCGAGUCUCCUGCAGGAUCUGCGCGGGUCAAUGAUGCCACAACAAGUCACCAGCUUUACUUUUGUGGGGGGUCCUGUGAAGAUAGCCUUAACCGCAUUAUCACACGAGGGUUUAGCAAGGAAGACUUCAACUCAGGACUGUACGGGAGAGGUCUUUACUUCACCACGCAUCCCGCACAAGCCUCGCGAUUCACGGUGGCCGGCAAGCUGCUUCUUGCGAAUGUCAAGCUCGGCUCGACAGACAUGACACCACGUCAGGACAAACGCAGGGUUCUGCCCCCAGCUGGUUAUGACUCCAUCUUGACUCCCGGUCGGCCCACCUCUCCCGCGCCGUCCAUUUCACGCAUUCAAGAGUACGUAGUGUUCGACCCAUUACAGGCCGUCCCAGCGUACCUAAUCGAAUAUACCACCACCAAGAAGUAAUCGACGCUUGAACGAAUGGACCUGGGGCAGUGGAACAGAUGAUCGAGUCGUUAGACUAAAAUACAAACUUUAUCAGAAAGGGGGCGGGGGCAGGGGUAUAAAACAGCACGAGGAAAACGGAAAGAGAAUAAAGGAAAGAAGGGUAAUAUCGCGGGAAACGAAAAGGAAACUAAAAUGAGGUGAGAUCUUCUUGAGGGAUGCAUGUCUGUUCUUGACAGAUAGAAGAAACGCCCUUUUUCAAUAUCUAAUUUCCUGGGGUUUUUUUUUCCUUUCUGGCUUAUGGAAGCAUCUUCAUGCGAUGCGUGUAAAUGCCGAAUUGUGUUUGUGUCACUAGAUCCACGGGUGGGUCGUAUCGUAACAGGUUUCUCGUUGGCUCAGCUUAGUUUGACAGCAGUCUGCGCGAGUGACACGAACAAGACAAUUGCGAUUACCAUCGCUGGGUAUAGAAACCACAUCUAUGUACGUCAUUAACAACUUAGCAAUAAUCUAAACCCGUAAAGAUAUGUCGGGGUCACUUCUUCAAAAAGAAUAGAACAGUUGAUCGAGGGCGUGUGUGUUUGGAGUGUAAGACGCGCCAGGAUUACCGCGCUUGUCGUCGAGGCUUGAGGGCCCACAGAAAUUAACAACUUGCCAACGGGAAGCCAGUUAAGUGUUACUGCGGCGGGAAGCCGUUUGGGUGUGUCUGGAACGGAAGGCCAGUGAAGUGUUAUCGUUUGUGAGAAUAGGUUUAUAACGCUACCGCAAUUCCAUUGUGGUUUUGGCGCGAUAUGAUUACUGUUUUGAGCUCCCUGUUCUCAAAUUUCCCUCGGGACUGUUUUACGGCGUGAUAUUUCACAUCAUUAAGGCCGGUUAACAUUUGCGAUUUUUUAUGCAAUUUCUGUAGCAUCUGUCGUGGCGAUUUUUUUUCUUACUCGCGCGUUGCAACGCCAAUGUAAAUGUGAUGCAAUCUCGGCGGUUUUUCGAUGUUCGGCGAUGUUGGAAACCUGUGUGAUAUCACUGCAAAAAAAAAAAAACGCCGCAACAGAUGCGACAAAAUUAAAUAAAAAGCGCUAGUGUAAACCGGCCUUAACAGAGAAAAAUGCAAUCGCGCGCUUUAUUAAACACAUGCGUCUUGUAAAAAGAAAUGUAAAUAAAAGAUGUGAAUAAAAUGCUUGAAAUAUAACCCUAA